CAAUUUUAUUUUUUUCUUCAGGAAUCUACAGGUGGACAGGAGCGUUGUCAUGACAGUUGGUUUCCAGGUAGUAACUUGGUUUCUAACAUGCGGCAUUUCAUUAACUAUGUCCGAGUAAGAGUACCAGAAACUGCUCCAGAAGUGAAGAAAGAACCACCUGCAAGUACCAGUUCAGAUGGUUUAGCUUCAUCACAAAGUUCAAGGCGGAAGAGCCUUCAGAGAGAGAACUCGGGGACAGCUCAAGUGUUCAGUUUGGUUGCAGAACGUAGAAAAAAAUUUCAGGAGAUCAUCAAUCGGAACACCAGUGAAGCAAAUCAGGUGGUUCGGCCCAAAGCAUCAAUGAAAUGGUCGGCACCUGGUGCAACUCCACAGCUAACCACAGCCAUUCUAGAAGUUAAAGAAAGUAUGCUAUCCUUGCUGAUUAAAUUACACCACAAACUCUCAGGAAAACAAAACUCUUAUUAUCCUCCAUGGUUGGAUGAUGUGGAUGUUUUAAUCCACCCAGAAAUUCCAAGAUACUCUCAUGGUGAUGGAAUGACAGCAGUAGAAAGAAUUUUAUUGAAAGCUGCUGUACAGAGCAGGCUGAAUAAACGUAUAAUAGAAGAGAUAUGCAGAAAGGUGACGCCUCCUGUACCACCCAAAAAAAUUAAUUCUGCAGAGAAGAAAACGUUGGAUAAAGAAGAAAGACGACAGAAGGCUAGGGAAAGGCAGCAGAAAUUGUUGGCUGAAUUUGCCUCAAGGCAGAAAAGCUUCAUGGAAACUGCCAUGGAUGUUGGUAAGUUUUUCUGUGAUUAACUGCACUUAAUUUUU